AUGUCAACCUCUCUUGAUGACGAGAUCGAGGCUCUCCAAGCCAGAGUUAACACCCUCAAAUCCCAUCUCCGUAUCCACACCUCAACGCUCCUGACUGCCCCCUCAACCCUUUCUCUCAUCACCAGCGACCGCCAACUCCAGUCCCAAUCCUCACUCCAACAAGCUCACACCCAACAAUGCCUCUAUCGCGCCUGCGCCAGCAUCACAACCUUCCGCACGCGCGACCCCGACCCGCGCGCCGUUGACUCUGGCUCUCUCCUAGGCCUCCGCAUCGAAGUUGUCUCGCGUGGGAAGUUCCUCCGUCCAUAUUAUGUAAUACUUAAUCGGCCAUGGAGGGGACAUAGACAUCAUCUGAGAGUGCAUCGGCAUACGCUACCUGCGUGUGUGAGCGUGGGGGGGUUAGCGGCGAGGUAUCUGCCUGCUCCGAUUGGGGGGGAUCAGGAUGAGGAUGGGGAGGGAGAAAAAGGGAAGAAGCAGGAUCUGGCGAGGUUUGCGAGGGCGUUGAGGAGGGAGGUUGUGAGGUAUCAUAAUCGACUGGGGGUCGUUGCGGAUCUGAGGAGAGCGGCUGAGCUUGCGGGGAAGAAAAACCAGGAGGAUGAUGAAAAGGGGGAAGAGCAGCAACGGAAGAGGGAGAACAUGAGGUUGGUAGAUAUCAGACCGGCAGAUGUGGAGGCUAAGCAGAUCGCCAUUGAGUGGGAGGAUGGGAGGACAGGGAGGUUGGUGAUGGAUGAUGAUGGGGAGAUUGUCAAGUUGGUGAUUGUGGGGGAGAAUGGGAGGGAUCAUGAGGCCAAGAGGGAUUUGCUAGGGGGAGCGCGGCGUGUAGAGGACGUGGUGAAGCGAUUGGCGGCUAUUAGUUGA